UGGGUGCGCAUUUGGCACAUUAACUUGUUAGUACAAUCAACUCCGCACCCCCACCCCCACCCCACCAACUUUACACAAAGCAGUUUCCAAGAACCAACCAUUCUCCUAAAAUGCAUGCACCUCUUCAUUCCCUUUCUGUCUCUAGCAUGUACAUUGUCUCUCUCUCUACAUACAUAUAUAUUGACGGAUACACAACCCUUCUCACUCGUACAUACUCUCCCCACUUGCUCUCUACACUCCAAAACUGUCUCUCUCUCUCUUCCAAACACUUAUUCCUCACAUAAACCAAAUUAAGCAUGGAUUUGUUGAACCGAUGUUCCUCGGUGAGCUCGUCUUCCUCGGAGUCUUCCUCGGAUUCGUCGAGCCAGAGGAAGAAUGGCGAGAGAAUCAAAGGCCCAUGGAGCGCCGAGGAGGACAAGAUCCUCACCCGACUCGUCGACCGCUACGGCCCCCGCAACUGGUCCCUCAUAAGCAAGUACAUCAAGGGCCGCUCCGGCAAGUCCUGCCGCCUCCGCUGGUGCAACCAGCUCAGCCCCGCCGUCGAGCACCGCCCCUUCUCCGCCGUCGAGGACGACGCCAUCCUCGCCGCCCACCAUAAGUACGGCAACCGCUGGGCCACCAUCGCUCGCCUGCUCCCCGGCCGCACCGACAAUGCCGUCAAGAACCACUGGAACUCCACGCUCAAGCGCCGCUACCAAAUGCAGCAGCGCCGGCAAGGCGGCGGGGAUCAGUCGCUGCAUCGCGGUCGCGGCGAGAGUGUGGAGUGCGACCCCAUGACGGCAUUGUCCUUGGCGCCGCCUGGGAUCGGCGCUGCGGCGGCGGCGGCGGAGGAGAGGCCGUCGGAGGAUUUGCCGGCGGGGUUCUGGGACGCGAUGAGGAAUGUGAUAGCGAGGGAGGUGAGGGAUUACGUUACGACGUCGUUCCAGGACACUUCCUCGGGGUUUCGUUUCUGAUGCUCUUCUUAAAUUAGCUAGCGCGAUAAAUAAUGUUUGUCGUCUAGUGGUUUAAUAAUAUCUAAUGGUUUUGUUAUUCUCAAUUAAUUAUUUGAGUUUGGGAAUGCUUAAGCUGUAAGACUGCAACCGUUUUUGGCAACCUUUUCACGUGUAAAUUGGAAGUACGAUAAUUGGUCUCUCUCUCAUAGUGUAUAUUAUUAUGACCACACAACUUGGUUUCAAUUUGGUUUA